CACAAAUUCGCAUUAGAGAAUGUCAAACAAGGAGUACGAAAUAAAUAAAUAACAUUAGCGACACCGUUGUUCUCGGUAACUUUUAAAUCAAGUUAACAAAAUCAAAUAUGAAAGUAGGUGCAAUUGUUGAAUAUGGCCAGUGACCGCAAUAAGCGCACAAACCACCCGGAGCAAGAUUCCCAAGCCAGCAGUUCGUGGUCCUGUUAUGCCCGCGAAGUUUACGAUCCCGUCCGGGUGGGUUCCAUCGACGGAACGGAUGAGUUCGCACACGACCGGGCACUGGUUCGGGCGAUGAAUGCCACCUACACACCAAAUCACAAAGUCGUUGGUGAUCCAUAUCAUACGAUAUUCGUCGGCCGGUUGGAUUACGCCAUAAACAAAGAACGUCUGCGGCAGCUCUUCGAACGCUUCGGAACAAUCGUUCGGUGCCGGCUGGUGUGUGACAUUGAGACGGGGCUUUCCCGUGGGUAUGGAUUUGUCGAGUACAGUCGGCGAAAGUAUGCCAUGCGGGCGAUUGAAGAGAUGCACGGUCGAAUUUUAAAUGGAAGGGCCAUACUGGUGGAUGAGGAAUGGGAACGACGUCUGAAGGGUUGGAAACCACGUCGACUAGGGGGCGGCUUCGGGGGGAUGAAAAAAAGUCAACAACUACGAUUCGGCUGUAAAGCCCGACCUUGGAAAGAACCAAUGGGUGGACAAAAGUACACCAGCAAAAGUGAAUUUCACAGGCGCACGAAGCAGCAAAGAGAAAUACUUAACACAAUUCGAUAGGUUUAGGGUAAAAUUUUAUUUUUAAUAUACAAAGUAGAUCUAGUAAAACAAGCUGA